UCGAUCAUUACCAAAAACACGUGGUGUUGACUUAAACAGUUGUUUACAUCUGAAUAUUAAUAAAGAUCUGCUUUCUUUGACCGUGUGGACAGACCUAAGCAAUGGCUCAGAGGAUUGCUGUGCUAGGUGGUGGCAUAUCAGGCCUGACUGCAGCCUGGAACCUGGCCAGUAGAGGCUCUGCUGCUGCUGCUGGAGGUGGUCUGGAGAUUGUCCUAUAUGAAGCCUCGAGUCGUGUUGGAGGAUGGAUGAAGACUCACACUACUAGUCAGGGAGCAGUGUUUGAGUGUGGGCCAAGGAGCUUACGUGUAACUGGUCACUCGGCCAAAACCACCAUGAAACUGGUGUCAGCAAUUGGUCUGGAGAAUGAAGUACUUCCAGUGAGGUCGUCCAGCAAGGCAGCUCAGAAACGCCUCAUCUACACUAAUAGAACUGGUCCAGUACAGUUACCGUCCGGCCCCUCUUGGCUGUUCAGGACCAAGCCUCCGUUCUCUAAACCUCUCCUAGGGGUUGUGCUCAGAGAGCUGCUGGCUAAAGCAGGCACUGAGGAUGAGAGUGUGUUUGAUUUUUUCAGCAGAAGGGCUGGGGACGAGGUUACCAACUACCUGGUGGACCCUCUCUGUCGUGGUGUGUAUGCCUCGAGUGCCAAAACAUUGAGUGUGAGAUCCUGCUUCCCUCAACUCGUAGAGCUGGAGUCUAAAUACGGGUCACUGGUGAAGGGCAUGCUCCUCGACAGAUUGAACAAAGAUAGCACAGAGGUAUCUGCUCUAAGUCAGAGGGCCAAAGACGAGCGUUGGUCAGUGUACACGUUCAGGGAUGGUCUGCAGACUCUACCAGAUACUCUGCUCACUAACAUCAAGGAGAGGGGGGUCACUGUGAAAAUGGAACAACCGUGUACCCAGCUGGUAUUUAAAGACGGGAAAGCAAUGGUGAAAUCUGGUGAAGCAACAGAAGUGUUCGAUAAUGUGGUCUCCACAGUGUCCGCCCAAGCCCUCUCUCAGAUGCUGUCAGGGGAGCAGUCCCAGUUGAGUGAUGACUUGUCCUCUAUCCCCAGCGUGACAGUGGGUGUGGUGGGCCUGGAGUACAGAGCAGGGGACAUCGUACCACGAGACUACAGAGAGGCGUUUGGUUACCUUGUCCCAUCGUCUGAGUCGUCUCGUAUACUGGGUGUGGUGUUUGACUCGGCCAGCUUCCCCUCUCAGAACAGAAGAGACGGACCCUCCACCAGACUCACUGUGAUGAUGGGAGGUGAAUGGUUUAAUGGUUUGUUUGGAGAUCCCGGCUCUGUGCAUGAAGACACUCUCUCACAGAUUGCCCUCGAGGAGCUGAACAGACAGAUUGGAAUAACAGCUCCACCCUCAUUCAUCAACACUGCUAUUCUAAGAGACAGUAUUGCACAGUAUACUGUUGGACACAGCGAUAAACUAAACUCGAUCUCAGAGCGAGUGUCUGGCCUCCCCCUGUCCCUAUGUGGAGCCUCGUACAGAGGAGUCAGUGUCAAUGACUGUGUGCAUUAUGCCGUUGAGGCCACUAACAAAAUAUUGCAGAGGUAGCUUAUCCUCUCAUAUACAUGUACGACAUUGAAGCCAUUUUCAAAUUGUUACGUCAAAAAUUUAUUUUUUAUUUUGUGCUGUGUCAUGUAUAUAAAUUAAAUAAUCGUUAGCUGUCACAUG